AUGUAUCUUCUUGCCGCAACGGCCAUUGCGGCUCUGACGACCUCGUGCGUCGCCUCACCAGGCUAUCUCAAGCUAGACCUACAGAGGAGGACUCCGUCGGCAGGCAGAUUAGUGCGCAGACAAAAUUCAGAUGGAACGCUGGACACAGUCUUGACACAAAGCACUGAUAAGCUCGAAUACUUGGUGAAUAUCACUGUUGGCACACCUCCACAGGAUCUCGGCGUUACUCUUGACACUGGCUCCUCUGACCUUUGGGUCCCCGCAUCUUCAGCCAAGCUCUGCCAGAAGGGCCAAUGCGACCUGGGUGACUUUGAUACGAGCGCAUCAAGCACUUACAAAGUUGUCGAGCAGAACGGAUUUAACAUUACAUAUGCGGAACCAGGAGACAGCGACGCUGGUGACUGGGCUUCUGACACCAUCACAGUUGGAGGAUCUCCUUCCAUUCAAAAUCAACAGAUCGGAGUAGCAUUUGAACUGUUCGACCAGCAUGGGGUGAUGGGAAUUGGAUUCGAUACCAAUGAAGCCAACAACGACGGCCCGAAUAGCGUCUAUCCCUCAGUCAUGGACAAUCUCAAGUCGUCCGGGGUCAUCCAGCGCAAAGCCUUCAGCUUGUAUUUGAACGACCUGGAAGCAACCACGGGUGCAGUCAUCUUUGGCGGGAUUGAUACAACUAAAUAUUCGGGAGAUCUUGUUGCCCUGCCCCUGCAGCAGGGCCCUGAAGGAAUCGUUUCGGAAUACUAUGUUACCCUGACCAGUGUGUCCUUCACGGAUUCGACGGGUCAAACUACGCAAUUGUCGCCUGACGGGUAUUUUCAGGCUACAUUGCUUGAUUCGGGUACCACCAACACCCUUCUCACCAACGACGUCUUCACUGGCCUAGCCCUCGGACUCGGAGCGGUGGGUGAUCCUUCUGGAGACGCCUAUCUGGUUCCCUGCAGUCUUGUGUCGGCCAAUGGCACCAUUAACUAUUCGUUCGGCGGCAACGACGGCAUCACAAUUCAAGUUCCUCUCUCGCAAGCGGUCGGAGGUCAGGGAUACACAUCAUCGGAAUUCGGCGAUCCGUCAGGAGGUUGUGUAUUAGCUUUGGGGACUCCAUCCGACAGUGGAGGCUUCGCUAUCAUGGGAGACAGUUUCUUGAGAAGCGCCUACGCGGUUUUUGAUAUCGACAACCAGAUGGCGGCGCUUGCCCAAGCCGUGGAAAACGAAGCAAGCACGAGUAACAUCGUCGUUAUUCCGGCGGGAACAACCAUACCGAGCGCGACUGUCACUGCCACGGCAGGUGGAACUCAGCUCACUGAAGUCGUCGCAGAAACAGGUGUUCCACCAGCCAGUAUCGAGAGCUCCACCCUGAUCCUUCCAGGGACGCCAACAUUCAACUUGCUCACCUUUUCGGUGACAGCAACAUCAACGACAACCAUAGAAGGAACUUCGACGCCGGGUGCAGCAAACCAUGCGGCUGUUCCGACCGCGGCUCUGCUGGGACUGGGUCUUGCCGCAGCGGGAAUGAUGGGACUUUGA